GUCGUCCGCGGCGAUGCCGAGCUCAACUGUCUCCCUCGAGUCUCUUAGCUCUCCUUCUCCCUCUCCCCCGCCAGCAGAACCUGAAGAGCAGCACGAGCAGCACAGCGGCGCAGGCCUCGACAGUGGCUCAGAGCUCUCCGAGCUUACCGAAGACGAACAGGACAACGACGGCGCGGUUGACGACGAGGUCCCUCGCGCAUCUGCGCGCAAGAAGAAGCAGCAGCGCGCCAGUGUCGUGCCCCAGCCCAUGUGGGACUGGGCGACGAAAAAGAAGCCAGAGAAGAAGGACAAGGCCGACUGGCGCUCCAAGUUCGAGGAGGAAGAGGAAGAGGAGCAGCCCGGACCCGCAGAGGCCAUGGAAGAGGAGGAAGAAGACGAUUACGCACAAUACAAGGACUCAGAAUCUGAACGCGACCUUACCCCAGACAUGGAGGAGAACGGGGAUGGGCACGGGGAUGGGGUCAGCGACAAUGAGGUGGACGAGAACGAACAGGACCCUCCGGAAGACGAGGAUGAAUCUGGUGAUGAAGUUCCCUUCCAAACAGCUAUCGCCGUCCCCAACGGGAACGUUUCGGGCGACGAGGUCUACGAUCCCGAGGAUGCUGAGCCCGAGCCAGACGCGCUCGACGACCCGCAGUCGCCCAAAGCGGUGGCGUCACCUGCCCUCACCGACGACGAGAAUCAUGAUGCCGGAGAAGAUGAGGUGGACGACGAAGACGUCCCAGAAACUGGGGAGAUUACCAAGGAAGGCUCUGAGGUCGACGAGGAGGAACUACCCGCCGACGACGUCGAUGCUGACGCUGACAUCCCUGUGGAGGACGAGCAACCUACCACUGAGGCGGUCACCCCUGUCGAAGGCGUUGUUGACGCUGCAGACCCAGACCCAGACGCCACAAUGGACGUCGACGUUGUGCUACCCGUGCUCCCGUCACCCGUCGCCGGGACGUCAAUCAUGGCCGGUCUCUUACGGCCCCCGUCACCAUCGUCUUCACAACCAUCCACCCCCUCCGCGUCUCGACUUUCCUCCCGAUAUCCCUCUGUCGAACCAGAGCAAGAGCAGGAUGUCCCCUCGGAACCUGAAGCGGAACCCGAGCCCGAGCGGAAGCCCUCCGGACGCGCUGCAAGGAACAGGAAGACCAAGCCCCGCACGCGCGCCGCGCGUAGGUCACGGGCAGCAGCACCUGCUGAAGCUGGGGAUGGAGACCCCGACGCGGACCAGGCUGAACUGCCCGAAGGCGAGGGUGCAGACGCGGAUGACCUAGAGGUCCCAACGCCGGAGCUCGAUCUGGACGCUGACAUGCAGCCUGCGCAUCGCGCAGAGGCACUCGACGAGCUUGCCAAGAUCGAGCUCAAAUUCGCACUGCUGCGGGAGCGACUGUAUGUGGAGAAGAUGGACUCGCUCGCGUGGGAGGAGGGGCUCAUCGCAGACGGAACGCACCCAGAACUGCUGCAUCUGCAUGCGGAGCUGUCGAGCAGGCGUGACAAGAGGCUAGAGCUCGCGGCGCGUCGACGUGAUUAUGAGAUCGCGAAUGUUACGAAACGCCGGAGGUUGGACGAGGCGGGUGCUUGGAGUAGUUGGAGUAACGCUAGGGACGAGCUUCAGACUCAAAUGAUCGCUGAAACCAACGGAAAGAAGCGCAAAUUGGAACGCGAACGACGGACCCUGGAGCGUCCUCCACCACCGCGUCGCUUCCCUCUACCUUUGCAUGAGGUUCCUCCUGCCCCGUCACUGAGCGAAAUUGUUCAGUCAAGCCCCUUUGGCCUCCCGGAAUCGGCAUCCGCACUCCUGAGACGCACAUCGCGCAAGAAAGAAUCAGCGUCCCAGAUACCCCUCGCGUACCCCACGCUCGCCCCCCUCUCGCGCCACGAGAUAAUACAGGAUUUAGACCAUUUCUAUUCGCACAGACACGUCCCAGUCGGAUACGACCCCCACCGCAAUGUGACGGGUCCGAUGAAUCCCGUCCUAGGCGGCAUUCCGCAAGGGAUGGACCCGUACGCGAUGGGGAUGCAUAUGAUGGAUGGCCCCAACCGCUUUGGUCCGCCAAUUCAGCAACAGCACUUACCGCAGCAAGGCAUGGUCCAGGGCUUCCCGCCUCCUCCGCGCCUUUCGCACCAACACUCCGCCCCGUCAGGUGGACUCCCCCACGUUCCUUCCCAUCAUCAGCUACAGCUGGAGCAAGAGAUGCAGAUGCGUCAGCCACCGGGAAUGCAACAUCUCCAUGUGGCCCAGCAAUUCGGGGGAGGUCCCGGUCCGGGAACGCUGAUGAGGCGCUCUAUAUCGCCUGUGCCUCUCAAUGGUGCUGGUCCUGGCGCGGGUGUGCCUACGACUAUUGGAGGUGGGCCCGUGCCUCCUGCGUUUGCUAAUCCCAAAUCCAACGGCUGGCCCGGAGGGAGGGAGUCAAAGCGCAUUAAUGGGGAGGGGAAAAGGAGCGUGCAGAGCGAGAACGGCUUUCACGCGAUCGUGAUCGUGAUCGUGAUCGUGAACGUGAGCGGGAGGCGGAGCGUACCUAUCAUAUGUCUCAUACCCAACCGCGACAUCCCGGGCAUCAACACCCUCAUCAGCAUGCGCAUAAUAACACUCAAGUGCAAGCUGCGCAUCACCACCCACCUCAUAACCACCAGCAUCAUCAUCAUCACGUGCACCACCAUCACCACCACGUCCCUCCGCAACAAGGGUUCCCGGGUCCUCCAGUGGGCCAUGCCCCUCCGAUGA